AAGAUGUAAGAAUUGAAAGCAUAACAAAUGAGCAUAGUGAAUUAAAAACAUUGUUUAAUUAACACAUUUUGUGGUUCUGUAAUUAUUGAUUAUAUUAAACAUUAAAUUAGUAUUUAAUUUGCUCGCUUUGCAUAUCCAAAAAUCAUAUUAUGCAUCGAAGAACUUGGAACUAUAUUGGCAGUUUGUCUGCUCGUGUCGGAAGAUUGAGAAAGGAUCAGUGGAUAACAUCCGGUCGAAGAUCUUUCUCGUCCGCUGAGGCUGACCAUAGUAGACAGUGCAUUUAUUACUUGUCAUCAUCAUCAACAGUGUUGUCUCCGUGGCGCUCGCGGAAGUUUCUGCGUGAAAAGCGUUCAUUUUCGACACUUGCGCGCACAGCACCCGUAGCUGCCGCGUGGCCUUCCAACCAUCGUUACCUCGUGGCAUCCCCUCGCUCAAGCCGCCGCACAUCAUCGUAUCAGCGCUGCAAUAAUCACCGCUCUGCUAUUAUCGUUGAACCACCGUCGUUCUCGUCGCCGUCUGCUGCUGCAGUCGGAGAACAUUGUUUGAAGAGUACGUGCUGUAGAUGUGGUUGGGUUUAUCGGAAUAAUAACAGUGUUGGCCUACUGCAGUCGAGUCUGAUAAGAAGGCAGUUCAGUAACGUUUCGCAGCCGGUGGUGAUAACUGGUGGUGUUAGUGACUCGCCAUCGAGUGCGGAAGAAAAGAGUGCAAACUGCAAAAGUGAUAGUGACGACGGGAACACAGAAGAAGCAUCUGUCAUCCUCGGUAAAUCUGGUAAAAUGUCGUCGAAGCCGGCCUUUCAGCGAUUGCCCACGAAUGUGGUACCGCAGCACUACAAUUUGGCGCUGAAGCCCAAUCUAAAAUCAUUCACAUUCGAAGGCAGCACAUCAGUAGAAAUCCAGAUCAGGGCUCCAACAGAUCGCAUAACACUGAAUGCACUGGACCUAGUGAUUCCCAAGGCUACCGUCACUUUCGGUCCAGACAAAACGGAACUAACAGCAACGGAAACGAAUUUCUGUGCUGAUCAAGAAACAGUAUGCUUGGUGUUCCCGUCGGAGAUUCCUGUUGGCACGGCCCAGCUAGAUCUGGAGUUCACCGGCGAGCUUAAUGACAAAAUGAAGGGCUUCUAUCGGAGCAAAUACUUUACCCCUUCGGGUGAGGAACGGUUUGCCGGUGUUACACAGUUUGAGGCAACCGACGCGAGACGAUGCUUUCCCUGCUGGGACGAGCCCGCGAUAAAGGCAACAUUUGACAUCACUUUAACUGUGCCAAAGGACCGCGUGGCACUGUCCAAUAUGCCCGUUGUGAAUGAAACCGAAUCGGACGGUCUGAGGACGCUCAAGUAUGAAAGGACGCCAAUCAUGUCGACCUAUCUGGUGGCAGUUGUCGUCGGAGAGUUUGACUACGUGGAAGGAAAAUCGAAAGAUGGUGUACUGGUAAGAGUGUUUACUCCCGUGGGAAAGAAUGAACAAGGGAAGUUUGCACUUGACGUGGCAAUCGAAGUGCUGCAUUAUUAUAAUUCAUAUUUCUCGAUUGCAUAUCCACUGCCAAAGAUGGAUCUGGUUGCAAUAUCAGAUUUUUCCGCUGGUGCCAUGGAGAACUGGGGUCUGAUAACGUAUCGAGAGACUUUCGUAUUAGUCGACGCGGAAAAUACAUCGCUGAUACGGAAGCAAUCGAUUGCAUUGACCGUUGCUCAUGAAAUUGCCCAUCAAUGGUUUGGAAACCUUGUGACCAUGGAAUGGUGGACUCAUCUAUGGCUAAAUGAAGGCUACGCCUCAUUUGCCGAAUUCUUAUGCGUUAAUAAACUUUUCCCAAAAUAUUCCAUCUGGAAUCAGUUCAUUACGGAUAUGUAUACCCGUGCCUUAGAAUUAGACUGCCUAAAAAAUUCUCAUCCGAUCGAGGUACCAGUAGGACAUCCAGCAGAAAUUGACGAAAUUUUCGAUGAGAUCAGUUACAACAAGGGAGCUAGUGUAAUACGAAUGCUCUACCAUUAUCUCGGAGAUGAUGACUUCCGCAAAGGAAUGAACUUAUAUCUCACUCGCCACAAGUACAAAAACACCUUCACUGAGGAUUUGUGGACAGCUUUCGAGGAAACGAGCAAAAAGCCAGUUGGCAGUAUUAUGUCCACCUGGAUAAAACAAAUGGGAUUCCCGGUGGUGAAAAUACUCUCUUCGGAGCAAAAGGGCAAAACAAGGGUGCUCAAAUUGGAGCAGGAAAAGUUUUGUGCAGAUGGAUGUCAGGCCGAGCAGAAAUGCCACUGGAAGAUCCCUAUCAUAAUUUCGACUCCGAACUCUCCACAUGCACAUACAUUCAUCAUGGACAAAGAAACGGUGGAAGUUGUGGUAGACAAUGUGGAUCCCGCCCAUUGGGUUAAGCUAAAUCCGGCGUCUAUCGGGUACUAUCGCACGCAAUACAAGGCUGAUAUGUUGGAUAAAUUCCUGCCGGAAAUCAGUAGUAAUAGUAUGCAGCCACUGGACCGUUUGGGCCUACUGGAUGAUCUGUUCGCAUUGGUCCAAGCUGGGAGGAGUUCAACAGUUGAUGCAUUGAAAGUCAUGGAUGCGUGCUACAACGAACAUGACUAUACAGUGUGGUCAUCUAUUUCCAACUUUCUGUCCAAAUUGCAAUUGUUGCUGGCGAACUCACAAGCCGAAGAACAGUUCAACCAAUAUGGAACCCGUCUGUAUCGGACUGUUGCAAGCGAACUUGGAUGGACAGUGAAACCGGACGAAAAUCAUUUGGACACACUUCUACGGCCACUUGUUCUUAGCCGGCUAGUGUCGUUCCGUUGUCCUCAAACGGUUGCCGAAGCUAAGGCCAGGUUUGCAGACCAUGCUUCGGGAAAAUGCAUUCUACCAGCGGAUCUACGCAGCACCUGCUACAAAGCAGUACUUCAAAACGGCGAUUUGGCUACAUUCAACGAGAUGCUCCGCCUAUAUCGGGCAACUGAUUUGCACGAGGAGAAGGACCGCAUUUCUCGCGCUCUCGGUUCUAUUAGCAAUGUGGAUAUUCUACAAAAAGUUAUUGAAUUCGCUAUGUCGAAUGAAGUCCGCGCUCAAGAUUCAGUAUUUGUCAUCGUUUCCGUUGCGAUCAACCCCAAGGGACGGGACAUGACUUGGGAUUAUUUCAAAAAUAAUUGGAAAAUACUUCUGGAUCGUUACGAGGGUGGUUUCCUCUUAUCUCGGUUGAUUAAAUAUCUGACAGAGAACUUUUCAACCGAGGAGCGAGCACUUGAGGUCCAACAGUUUUUCAAGGAUCAUGAAUUUCCCGGCACGGAGCGAACUGUGUCGCAAUCAAUCGAGACAAUCCGGUUGAAUGUGGCUUGGCUCCAGCGUGAUCUGGAGGGAAUCAAUGCCUAUUUGAAGCAAUGAGUGCAUUUAACGUAUAAUUAUUAUACAAAGCAUUUCGCAAAAGAAAUUUAAAGCCCGUUCAUCACAUUUAAGUAAUUGUUUUGUUGCAUGCUUUUUAUUUUUUAUAUAGUUGGUAACCGAUUCCGUGCGAUAAAUGCCAAAGUUUGGCGAUAAAUCAGUGCCAGUAGAAACAGAUAGAGCAUUAAUCUAUACAACGUAGCAUAAUACAUACUUGAGUACUUGAGAAAUGUUAUAAUUUGUCCAUAAUUUAAGUUGUUUUUAUGCUAACAUAAGAUAAA